UGCUAUUAGGGUUUCUUUGUUGAUAUCAAAUCUUCAGGUUCCCUUAAACUUCUUUCCAACAACAUACAGUAUGUGCAAAGGCACUUCCUGUGAGACUGUUUUAGACAAGUGCACUGAUUCAAUAUAGAGAAAUGUCAAGCAGAUGCAAGAAUAGAAGUUGUUCUUCAGCACAUAUUUAACAUUAACACUUACUUCAGUACCAAGCCCCCCUCACUGUUAUCAGCCAAGGUACAUGUACAUACAUGUACAUGUACAACUGACUUCUCGUGCAAUGAUUGUAUUAUUACCUGUUGACUCAACCAUAGUAUUUUACUGAAUAUUCAAAAUUGUUAUGUAUGAUCGUUCCCUUGUACUCCUGUACUAUUUUAUAUGCAUAUUUUUUUUUUUUUUUUUUUUUUUCAAUGUAUUAACUAUUCAUUGUACCCUCGGCACCAUUGUAAAUGAGGGUCUUAUUCCUCAAUGUGUUUUCCGAGGCUUAAAUAAAUAAAUCAAUCAAUCAAUCAAGGCCAAGCCAUCAACUAAAGACUGUGGUCCUGAAAACCAAAUACGUCCGCCAAAAAGCAGGUUUUGACGGGCAUUUACUUUGUCCUAAAACCCUGGAUACACCUCUUUUCACGCACAGAAAGCUCAAUUGCAAGUGCCAUAACUAAUGGUCUGAAAACUAAAUGGAAUAUUUAUGUAAAUGUAAAUGGAAUAUUUCAGACUUUUAUUUUUAAGAAAUUAACUUAACACUCCAAAAACCUGUUUUGGCUUUGACAUGGUGGAGUAUUGUGUGUAGAUUGAAAAAAAAAGAAUUGAAUCCACUUUAAGAUGAGCCUGAAACGUGGACAACUUGAAAUGGGGCUUUUGGGAAACAUGCAGGAUAGUUUAUUGAGGCGCACAGCCCUGUGCUAAUCAGCUCUUUAGAUGAUACUAUAGUAUACCUAUUGUUUGCCCUGCUAAUAUGAAGUAUAUGGACAUUUUUAGUGCAAUUAUGUUCUAGUACAAGGGUUUUAACAUAACUUGACCACAAUGAACAAUCUUUACUAUAAGUAAUAGACUAUAGGUGGCAGUAAUGCGGUGUACACUGUUGUCAAUCUGCCAUAAAACCUUAAAAGAAGAAGGAUGCUGACUCUUUGAUUACAAGAUGGCGCAGGCUGUGUUCGAAGUCAUGGAAGGGAUGGACAACCAAACAGUUUUGGCAGUUCAGUCUUUGUUGGAUGGUCAAGGGGGUGUUGCAGACCCAGACUCCCAGAGUGAACCAAGUACUUCCUCCAUCCAAACCAUGGAUGAUGAUGAUGUCUUCCUCUGUGGAAAAUGUAAGAAGCAGUUCAACACUCUCCCCACCUUCAUGGUUCAUAAACGAGAGCAGUGCCAGUCCAGCGCUACCUCACUGGCCUCUGUGGCCGUGGCCUCCACCAUCUCCUACACAGCUGUGUCGUCCGUCAGCUCAGUCUCACACAUCGCAGCUAACAGACAAGUCUCUACGUAUAUAACUGUUCCUCAGUCCCCUCUUACUCACACUUUCGUCCAGGGAAAUGUUCUGUGUGAUGAAGUUCUUUUGUCGGCCAUUUCAGCCUUUACAUCAAUGGAUCCACCCAUGUCCACAUCACAGAACUCCACACAGAACACUUUGAAUAUGCAUGCAGGUGCAUCAUACCAACAGCAGCCAUCAAAUCUGAUUCCUCCCAACCAAUCCCAGACAGCCUCCUCCCAGAUGUCAUCUAACAAUAGCAACUCAGUUGUCCAGGUGUACAGUACCUUGUCACCAGUAGUAGGUGGAAGCGGUGGUGAGGUUCAUGCUAUGGGACUACAGUCUUUCCCUCCCAUUCAGGUCCCAAGCCAGUGUGUGGAGAGUCCGGUCUUUACAACACCUCCAGUAUACAGUUUUGGGAAACAGGGGUCAAAAACAUGCAUCAUGACAAACCUGACCGACUUGUGUGAAUAUGAGAAAGUCAUUAUCCCCAAGCGAUCCAGAUGCACCAAGAAAGACCAGGAAGAGCAGGUAAAGGAAAAGAUUCAGAGGCUGAAAUGUGAUUUCUGUGAAAAAGUCUUCACUAAAAAGUUUGAUCUCCAGCAACACAUUCGAAGUCAUACAGGUGAGAAGCCCUUUCAGUGUAUUGUUUGUGGCCGUGCCUUCGCCCAGAAGUCCAACGUGAAGAAGCACAUGCAGACACAUAAGGUCUGGCCCAGUGGCACAGGCAGUGCAGGCUCCCGCCUUCCCAUCGCCAUCAAGGUGCUACCCCUGUGUGGUGACCAAAACCAAGAACAAUCUGAGCAAGAAGUCGACGGAGAACAAACUGGACAAUCAGAAUGUAUUGGUGAGACCAAGAGCCACGGUGAAGCAGACUGUGGGACGAGGCAGAAACCAGCAGCUCAAGUGAGGAACCAGCAGAUCAUUGUGAUUGACAGCUCUUAUCAGUGCCAGUUCUGCACAGCCAAGUUCAACAAUUACUUUCGUCUGAAGUCCCACAUGACCCAACACAAAAAUGAACAGGUGUACAAAUGUGUGGUGAAGGUGUGUUCUCAGACGUUUCAGAAGCUUGACCUGUUCCUGGAGCAUAUCCGAUCACACCAGGAUCACCUCACGUAUCGUUGCCACCUUUGUACUAAGGUGUUCUCUUCACUAUUUGAACUGGGGGUGCACCAGUACUCUCAUAACUUCUGCCCUCAGAGGAACCAACGUAAAGAACUCACCUCGUACAGGUGCAUCAAAUGCCAGAGUAAAUACUCAACGCAGGAGGCCUUGGAGACGCAUCUUCUAACAGCCUGUCAUCAUUUCCCCUGUCCUCAUUGCCAAAAGGUGUUCCCCUCUGAAAGAUACUUCCGACGGCAUCUUUCCACUCAUGGACUAGGUGGGAAGUUCAAGUGUCAGACCUGUAAAAAGUAUUUCAGAACAGAACACUACCUCAAGCUGCACUCUCUAAUUCACUCAGGAGAAAAGCCAUAUAAAUGUUCAGUCUGUGAGGCCACCUUCAACAGGAAGGACAAAGUGAAGAGACACAUGCUCAUUCAUGAGCCUCUUAAGAAGUACAAAUGUCCAUUCAGGAAUCAUGUUGGCUGCAGUAAAGAGUUCAACAGAGCCGACAAGCUGAAGGCUCAUAUAUUGUCUCACUCUGGUAUUAAGCCAUUUAAGUGUCAGUUCUGUCAGAAGGCCUUCAGCCGCCGGGCCCACCUGACUGAGCACCAAUGCUCACACACUGACGACUACCGCUUCCGCUGCUCCGCGUGCAAUAAAGGAUUCACACGACAGAAAUACUUCAACGAACACAACUGCUCCUCUCGGACUAAAAAGAAUGCAGGUGAAGAACUUCCAGACAAGAAUCUCAACAAAAGGAUGUUGGCCCCAAGUUGGGAGGCUGGAGGCCAGACUGAGAUGGCAGAUGGAGUGACAGAAGAUAAUAAACAACACAAAAAACUACAAGAGACCGUAGAGAGUAAAGAGUUUCAAAGUAUCAUCAGAAAAAUGUCAAUUGAAGGUACAGGGAGGAAAAUAGAAAGAAAAGACAAGGGUAAGGAGGACGAUGAAGCCUCGGGGUGUACAGAGGAGAUGGACCAACAGAUGUGUAAAGGGCCCACAGGGUCACUGCUGUUGACACCUAUGUUUACUGAGACUGUUGAUUGAACUUAGUGGACAUCCAUACUCAGUCUUGAAGUUUGUAAAUAAUGGACAAUUAUGGUCAUGAUUGAGUACCUUUGUGCUCAAUUUGAUUUUUUUCACAGACAAUUCUGUUUUAUAUACAAUUGUUUUGUAUGGAGUCAAAUCAGAGGACUUUAAGUUUGGCAUUGAUAAAACAACAACUGAACUGAAUAAAAAAAUAAAACAUUGGCAUUGAAAA